AUGAGAUUCGUCAACAACCGUUUUCUGACAGAAUUGGAUCUUUCAAAUCUAACUUCAGUCACCGGUGACAGAAUUGAAAUUCUCGGAAACUCUGAAAUGACACAACUGAAAAUGCCGAAUUUGAAGAAUCUCACAAAUCCGCCAUCUGAAUAUCUACCAAAAACGAACGUCAAAGUGGUCAUAGCAUUUUUAUCAAAAAAUUACUGUAUCAGGUUUGAUGAAAUGGAGCAUUUUUUGAGCACCGACGGAAAUUUUAAUUCCAUUUACGCGAAUUACUGUACACCAAUUCUGGAAGAUAGAAUCUGUACAAAACCAGAAGUUAAUUGUACUCGAUUUUUUGGAGAUUUGAUGAUUGGACCAAAUUUUACGGAUAUUGAGAGUUUGAAAAGUUUAAAAUCCAUAUUUGGACGGCUUUUAAUUAUUGGAACUAAUUUGGAAAAUUUAAAUUUAUUGGAAAAUUUGAAUUUCAUUGCUCCACUUGGAUGGGAGAGUGAUACAUCAAUAGCAUUGAAAUAUGAAAAUCAAAAAAGUUGGGCUCUUCAAAUUGUGAACAACACAAAACUCCAGGACUUCCACUUGCCGAAUCUAAAACGAAUUCGAUCGGAUUCUGCGACGCCAGUGAUUAUGAAAAACAACAGUGAAGAGGUUUUAUUCGAUUUAAAAAGUUGUGAAAAAUUGAAAAACUCUGUGCUCAAUGUGCUCAUUCAAGUGGAUGGAGCUUAUUGUUAUGUAAUCGAAGAAAAUGUGAAGACGAGAAAUGCGAAUAACGAGAAGAAUCAAAUUAUAAUGUACGCAAUUAUUGCUGGAGGUGUGGUGGCUCUAAUAAUUUUGAUCCUAUUGAUUUUUUGUUGUUGUUGUAAGAAACGAUGA